CGGGGUCUCGGCGGUGGGAGGAGGAAGAUGGCGUCGCCGAGGCUCGGAGCAGGGUCGCGCGGGCUCCCGCAGCCGCAGCUCCUGGUGCUGCUGCCGCUGCUGCUGCUCGGACCCUGGCCGGCGGCGGGCCACGGCGGCAAGUACUCGCGGGAGAAGAACGAGCCCGAGCUGCCGCCGAAGCGCGAGCCCGGCGGGGAGUUCCGCAUGGAGAAGCUCAACCAGCUAUGGGAGAAGGCCCAGCGGCUGCAGCUUUCUCCCGUGAAACUGUCCGAGCUCCAUGCGGAUCUGAAGAUGCAAGAAAGGGAUGAAUUCGCCUGGAAGAAGCUGAAGGCCGAGGGUCUCGACGAAGAUGGAGAGAAGCAGGCCAAAGUCACGCGCAGCCUCAGUGUGAUCCUGGCCAAGUACGGCCUGGACGGGAGGAAGGACGCCCGGGCCGUGAGUAGCAACUCUCUCAGUGACCCCGUCGAGGAAGACAGCCUGGAGGACCCCAGGCUGGAAAAACUGUGGCACAAGGCGAAGACCUCGGGGAAGUUCUCCAGUGAGGAGCUGGACAAACUGCGGCGAGAGUUUCAGCACCACAAGGAGAAAGUGCGCGAGUACAACGUCCUGCUGGAGACGCUGAGCAGGACCGAAGAAAUCCAGGAGAACGUCAUCAGCCCCUUUGACGUGAGCCACGUCAAGGAGGACGUGCUGCACAGCAAGCAUGCAGAGCUCAAGGACCGGCUGCGGGGCAUCAACCAGGGCUAUGACCGCCUGCGCCAAGUCAGCCACCAGGGCUAUGGCGCCGAGGCCGAGUUCGAGGAACCCCGAGUGAUCGAUCUGUGGGACUUGGCCAAGUCGUCCAACUUCACUGAGAAGGAGCUGGAGUCCUUCCGGGAGGAGCUUAAGCACUUUGAAGCCAAAAUUGAAAAACACAACCACUACCAGAAGCAGCUGGAAAUCUCUCACCAGAAACUGAAACAUGUGGAGAGCUUCGGGGACCGAGAGCACGUGAGCCGGAACAAGGAGAAGUACGCCGUGCUGGAGGAGAAGACCAAGGAGCUGGGCUACAAGGUGAAGAAGCAUUUACAGGAUCUGUCGGGCCGCAUCUCCAGAGCUCGCCACAACGAACUCUGA